GCCUUCAAGCGAAGACGAUCUCAAGUUUUAAGCGCGAGCAAGUGUCGUAUACGGUUUGGCUAAGAAAAGCUGCACGAGUACUAGAAAUCUAAUACAAAAGCAAUCCUUGAAGUAAUAAAGAUCAUGAAGACUUCAUUCCUGUUGUUUGCAGCCGCCGUUGUGGCCACACUCUCAUUGAUUGGCAGCGUCGCUGCACAACGCGGUUUGCCGCUACCACAGGCACGCGGCUACGAAGCCAACGCCGUCAUUCUGAAGCAAAACUUCGAUCUGAAUCCCGAUGGCUCGUACGCAUACAACUAUGAGACAAGUAACGGCAUACGCGCUGACGAGGCGGGCUACUUGAAGAAUCCGGGUACACAAGUGGAGGCGCAGGUCAUGCAAGGAUCUUACUCAUACACCGGUCCCGACGGCGUCGUCUACACAAUCAAUUACAUCGCCGAUGAGAACGGUUAUCGCGCUGAAGGCGCACACAUACCAACACCACCCCCACCACGUGCUGGUGGCAGGUUCUUCAAAUAAGUUCACCAAGAACGAAGAACCAAUUCCUAACUUAAUAACAUCAUUACUUACAUACAUACGUACGAAUUCAUACAAGUAAGACGUGAUCAAUGCUAAUUAACGUGAUAUUUUGCAACAACCACAAUGAUACAAGACACAGCCUUAAAACACAACUAAUUUAAAACCGGAAGCAACAACACAAUGCACAUGAAUAACGAAGAAGAAGAAAGAUGCGAAGAAAUGCAGUAACUACACUACAAAAGACGGCAAAAUGUGGCAGCACCGAGCAGCAGAGCUUAGCUAUGGACGAGGCUACUGAUGAGCUUAGACCUACAUAUAUACAGCUUAUAUCGUGUACGAGCACACGUAGGCCCAUUACUGUUGUUGAGAUCUACUGAAAUGACCUCGUGUGCAGAACCUUUCUUAUGACCACCCACACAUUUUCUUGCUACAAACACACACACACGGCUAUAUUCUCACUCAUUUAGCUUCUAACACUUGUUUUUAAUUUUUUCUAACACAUUAAUCGAUAAUUUAUCGAUGAUUAAUAUAUUUCUAUCCAACUUAUUAUUCGAUAAGUUAAUCGCUAACAUGGUUUGUGAUUUCGYAAACUCUUCUUUAAACUUUUCUAACCUCACUUUCGCACUCUCAACUUAUUCCUCACGUCCACAUUCCGUCCUUAAGCGCGCUACCAACUACCGAUGCGGCGGCGUGUGUUGGCAAUCUCCACGUAUUUUCCACUUAACCCUUAAACGCCAGCGCACACUGUUCCAUGAAGACAGUUAGAAUACCUACUCAUGUACCUUAUCUCCAGAAACAUACUUACAUACAUAACGAUUAUAUGUUUGGUAAUUUAAAAUGCUAUUUUAUAUAUAUAUUUUUUGUUGUAGUAUUUAAGCAAUUUAUGUAUUUUGAAUAUUUACGAAUAUUUGCUAAAAACGUGAGUGAUUACAACAAAUUUUCGAUUUCUUGUAAGUACAGCAAUCAGGCAAUAAAUAAAUUGCGUAAAAACUCA